AUGCUCGGUGUGGAAGCUCUCAAUGGCGGCACAGCAAUGCAUGCCUUCGUUCAAAGGCAGCUGCACGAGAUGAGUCACCAUGUCGGCAUGUAUUCGCCUCUGACGGCAAAAAGUGUCCUGGAGAGAUUCUGGGCAUCGGGCGAGACGAGCUGGGACGCUUGCUUCGAUACACCACAUCUGUUCUGCACGCAGAUGGCCAUCAACGUUGCACGAGUCGUUUCCCCGGUGCUACCUGAAUCUUGA